GAACAAUGCUUCUCACUUGCCGUCGAGAAGCUCCUCAAUAUCGAGAUUCCGGAUCGUGCCAAAUGGAUCCGCACAUUGUUUGGAGAAAUUACUCGUAUCCUUAACCACUUGAUGUCCGUAUUGUCGCAUGCUAUGGACGUCGGUGCCUUGACACCCUUCCUCUGGGGUUUCGAAGAGCGUGAAAAACUCAUGGAAUUCUAUGAGCGUGUCUCCGGAGCCCGUCUCCACGCUGCCUAUGUUCGUCCUGGCGGUGUCCACCAAGAUCUGCCCGUCGGUCUCCUAGAUGACAUCUACCAAUGGGCCACCCAAUUCGGGGAUCGCAUCGACGAGACUGAAGAACUUCUAACAGACAAUCGCAUCUGGAUCGCUCGCACAAAAGGAGUCGGUGUUGUAUCAGCAGCGGAGGCAAUAAACUACUCCUUCACCGGCGUCAUGCUCCGCGGCUCCGGUGUGGCUUGGGACAUCCGCAAGUCCGCUCCGUAUGACGCCUACGGCCAAGUCGACUUCGAUGUACCGGUCGGCCAAGCAGGCGAUUGCUACGAUCGCUACCUCUGUCGAAUGGAAGAAUUCCGCCAAAGUUUACGCAUCAUCCAUCAGUGCCUCAACAAGAUGCCCCCAGGCCCCAUCCGUGUGGAAGACUACAAAAUCUCCCCGCCACCGAGAGUGGCAAUGAAGGAGAACAUGGAAGCGCUCAUCCACCACUUUUUACUCUACACCAAGGGAUAUGCCGUCCCACCCGGCGAGACAUACAGCGCCAUCGAGGCCCCCAAGGGCGAGAUGGGUGUGUUCGUUGUCUCGGACGGGAGCGAGCGUCCGUAUAGGUGCAAGAUUCGCGCUCCGGGGUUCGCACAUUUGGGCUCGUUUGACCAGAUUUCAAGAGGCCAUUUACUCGCCGAUGCGGUGGCGAUUAUCGGAACAAUGGACUUGGUGUUUGGGGAGGUGGACAGAUAGGUUGAUGUAGGGAUAAGUUCUAGGUAGAGAGUUUUCCCCGGGGGGGGGGGAAUCCGGAAAUGUAUAUUUUAUCAUUGGCGGUUAUUAUAUAAAAACUUGCUCGCGGGGUUGAGCAGCAAUCUUAUAUCA